AGAUCAGUCCCCUUCGAAAAAACAAAAAAUUAAAAUAAGAGAGGAGACAUUAAUAAGAUAAGACUCAUAAUUUUUAAUUAGGCCUUGAUAUGCCAAACUCAGAAAUCAGUAUUUACGAAUAUCAACCAAUGAGAAUCGUGUAUUAAGCCAUCUCGAUCCGCGUCAUAGCACGAAUCGGCUAAUCGGAGCCGUACAUUUAAUGUGAAGAAACACAAAGUGCCCCACGCGACACCGUCAGAUUCGACCAGGAAAGGACCCACACAAUAAUCUACCUAUAAAUGCUCCUCAGCCUCCUACUUCAUCAAAUUUUAAUCGUCGACUCCGCGGGGAAGAGAGAAUAGAUAUACGAUACAAGGGAGAAGCUAUACAUAUCUCUUCGAGUGAAAGAUGGCUCGUACCAAGCAGACUGCCCGUAAAUCAACUGGAGGAAAAGCUCCCAGGAAGCAGCUUGCUACUAAGGCUGCUCGUAAGUCUGCCCCAACCACUGGUGGAGUGAAGAAGCCUCACAGAUACCGCCCUGGAACUGUUGCUCUUCGUGAAAUUCGCAAGUAUCAGAAGAGUACUGAGCUUUUGAUCAGGAAGUUGCCUUUCCAGAGGCUUGUUCGUGAAAUUGCCCAGGACUUCAAGACUGAUCUGCGUUUCCAGAGUCAUGCUGUUUUGGCUCUGCAGGAGGCUGCUGAGGCCUACCUUGUGGGUCUGUUUGAAGACACCAACUUGUGUGCCAUCCAUGCCAAGCGUGUGACAAUAAUGCCAAAAGAUAUCCAACUUGCUCGUCGGAUCAGGGGUGAGCGGGCUUGAAGUUGCUGGUUGAUUUUGUUGAAAUGUGGUGGUGAUGGUGGUAUAUGGUGGAGUUGUUUAGUUGGCUAUGUGCUAUCAAACUUUAGUAGUAGUAGUUAAUGUGUUUGUGGUGUAGAAACUGUGGUAUUCAUAGAUUCUGGUAUGUGCUAUGAUCGGAUUAUUGGUGUUGUGCCUUAGGUUAUUGUGUUCUGGGAAUGCAACUUUGUUUCUCAUUACUGCUUGAAAUAUAUUCUGUAUUAGAAGAAAAAAGGUUGUUUGUCACUAA